AUGUCAAAUGUUGUGAUGUCUUCACAAAUAUUAUGCUUAGCCCAGAAAAAACCUUGUAAAGAUGAAAUUUCAAAUGCAGCAACACAGGAAAGAGUUGAAGCAAAAUUAUCGACUGCCAGUCAUUAUGGUGCCUCAGAUUGGUGGUUGGGUUUAGAUGAUGUAGAUGUGGAAGGUGAACUAUUUUGGUCAUCUGGUCACCAACUAAAAGAUGGUGAUUACAAUAACUGGGAGCCAACGAUGCCACCAACCCACCCUGAUAAGGAUUGUGCUGUUAUUGAUGAGUAUAUUGAUUGGAAAUGGAGAAUGGAUGAUUGUGACGUACCACGUUCAUUUAUUUGUCAAGCUGUGACUUGUGAAAGUCCUGUUAGAUUUGAUCCAGAUGAAACAAGAGCAGAUAUAUCUCUCUGCGAUCCAGAAUGCCCUCCACACCAUUCAUGUAACAAUGGUACUUGUGUGUGCUCGGAGCUCUUUUAUCAUUAUAAUUGUUCAUGGGUAUCAGGGAUGGAUGCAGCAUUGGAAGAAAAGAAUUUUGACAGAAAUUUCCUUUUUUUUAAACAAAAAGCAGAUUGGGCAGAUGCAAGCGACUUCUGUGAAGGUAUUGGAGGUACACUAGCGAUGCCAAAAACCAAACCUCGACAUGAUUAUAUUUAUGAGAAAAUGAUGGAAGUUGGUUUAAACAUUACUAAAGCUAGCUGGCUUGGUAUGCAUGACCUUGAUAAUGAUGGACAGUGGCAAUUCAUGGAUGGUGAAGCUGUUAACUUACCACCAGUGUUUGAAAAUAUGACUGCUGAUGGAGCGGUUCCAAUGUAUUUUCGAAAUACAACAGGUAUAGAUGAACGUUGGCAUUUCUACUUUAAUGAAUCAACGCACUUUACCACUUAUGAAAAUGGAAAGAAAUUUUGUGAAUUGAUUGACAGCCACUUACCUAUAGUGAGGGAAGCUCGUGAACUGGAGAGAAUUACUGCUUAUAUUAAG